UGACAUUAUAUCCAGUCAUCUAAUGAAAGUGAAGGACCUCGAUACAGUGGAUUGGAGCAGUCUUUGCGAAGGAAAUCCAUCAAAUAAAUAUGAUUCCUGGAGUUCACCUUCCAUCAUGCAUAGUAUAAAAGAGAGAGGUUUCUGUGCUAUCAUUCAGACAAGAAAAAGGUUGUUCAAGAGAGGGAGCUCCCGAAGGGGAGCCACCAUGGAGCAUGGAGGGGAAGAAGAGGACAGAGGGAGUGAAUCCAAGAGGAGCCUGGGUGCAUCAUCAGAUGCAACCGUUAGCAGCGCAGCAACCAAGCUACAAGCUUUGAGAUUUGCAGAGGACCUCUCCCUCCCUUCGGUGCAGGUGGUGGUAAUGAGCGCCGAUAUGGGCUGUUCACACUGCCGACAGCGGGUGGCCGACGUCGUCUCCAAGAUGAACGCAGGGUUACUGGACUACAUGGUGGAUUUCGGGAAGAAAGAGGUGACAGUGAGGGGGAAGGUGGUGCACACCAAGAAGAAGAAGAAGCACAAGGAGAAGAAUGGGCUCACUGGUUGGGAGACGAGAUCGUCACUGUCAUCUCCUUGUCAUGCCAGGACGCUGUCCUGGUUUUUGGGAUGCUACGGUUCAUAGCUAGUACUAGUAUAGCGUACACGGCAUAGUACAUGUUAUAGUAUAUUAGUUAAUUGUUUGUGUUGCAACAGCAACCGAAAAUUUCAUGAGAUAACAUAUGUCGUCAUCGACUCUUCA